AUGGAGAAUCAGGCACCCCCACCUCAACACGGCAGUACGCGGCAGACACCUUUAUCGCGGCAGAGCCCAGCACCAGUGGUAGCAACGGAAGAGAGGGUCUCAGAUGGACUCGAUAUGUUCGACCUGCAGUUGCUUAAGGACUGCGCAAACGUUCCUAAUCCCUUCGGCGUUGCUUUUCCUGGUGCCCAGGCGUUACCCCCUUCUCCAACUGUAGUACCUUCCGCUGAGAUCUUCUCGUCUGUGGCUACCGCCUCCAGCUGCCUUUCGGCCACGAUGAGUAACCCGCAGACGGCACGCUGUAUGACAAGGGACGUGGCACGAGUUAUUCUUCGCUAUAUAUCCGAUCACGUGGAGCAGCAACCGGAGAAACUCAGUGAGGAGUACGAGCGGCAGCUGAUACUGCAGUUCGUUGAGGAGUUACACCGCACCAACAUGCAGCCUCACGGUGGCAUGCCAAGUGGGGGAGACGGCCGCUUGACAAUCGAUAAAGAAGUAGUGCUCUCCUUGAGGAACGGUCGUGAGGGGCCAGCGCCGGGCACUGACAUCCCGAGACCGCACCACCCAUAUGCAGGUAGAGGUUGCGGCGGCGCUGUGAACAUUAGUCCGCGCGCAACGGCAUUUUCCACGGGGAACGGGAUGCAAACGCAAGCGCAGGGGCAGGGACAGGUGCAGCAGCCGCACUUAUGGCGCAGCACACCGCCCACGGUUGCAAGCGCUGGGGUAAACAGCAAUGGCAACGGCAGCGGUGCCAACAAUGGACGCCCCACAACCUCUGUUAUGGAGGGGUCCAGUACAUCACAAGCAGUGAAUAGUGCGGUUCUUACUGCUACUUCUCUGAACAAGCGACUUUCCGGUACAGGGGUGCUGCGGCCACAGCCGCAGCACCCGCGCAACUCCGCACGUGAUCCCAUAGAUCGGCGCCAAGUGACAACAAGUACUAAAAAGGUGCUGCGCUCCGCCAGCUCUGCUUUUUCGGAGUGCUCCGCCGGUGACACUGGCGAGGUGAGCAGCUUGAUAUCCCGCACUACCGCUGGAACAAAUACCAUGAUGAAGUAG